AUUGGAUCAAUCUCUGUGACCUUCAUUGCCUCUGUAAUUUGACGGAGCCUCCCACCAACCUAAAUAUUACCGCCUUUCGCUUCAAUCUAUUGACCGCAAAAUAUUAUUUCCUACGAGGAAACUCGUAUAAUUAGGACUGAUAAAUACUAGCGCACAAGUUAGCCGGAGCAGUGGUCAAGGAUGGCGGCUUUCGUGCCAGUGAACCCAAAGCCUUUCCUGCAAGACCUUACGGGAAAGCAAGUUAUUGUCAAGCUUAAAUGGGGCAUGGAGUACAAGGGCUAUCUCGUCUCUACGGAUGCUUAUAUGAACCUCCAAUUGGCGAGCACUGAGGAGUUCAUUGACGGCCAGUUUACAGGACAGCUUGGCGAGGUGCUAAUUCGGUGCAACAAUGUUCUUUACUUACGAGGAGUUCCUGAGGAGGAUGAACCAAUGUCAUAGCUAGUUGGCGUUCGGGACCGUACCGUGAGUUGGGACUUCACGUUGGCGGCAUCUGGUGUGCAAGCCAUGCCGUGCUUGGAGCAUGGCUGUGGACGCAUCAUAAGCCCAUGUUGGCAGUUAACAGCCUUGGCCGUGUUGUGGGAUCUGGAGGGAGCUGUCAGUCAUUGACAUCUGCCGAGAUUACUUAUGAUGAGAGGAUGGUGUGGAUCGGACAGAUAGACUUCAAGCCCAGCGCUUAUGGCGGUAGGGUUCUGUUCUGCGGCACAUGUAACUUAACGAAAGUGCGCCGUGUCUCAGGAUUGGUCUAGCCAGGCAUACACGUCUGCGGCCAGGCACCUUCUGGCAACACCCCAGGCAACGUUGCACAGCCCACUUGCGAACCCCGCACGUUCCCCGUACGUUCCCCGUAUGUGUCAUACAUAGGUCAUCUCGCCCUCGUCGCACCAGCUACAGCUACAUGACAUGCAUCACACAUGUAACAAUGUCCGUAUUC